AUGUUCGGACGAUUUGUUCGAAAUUCAUCCAAUGCACAGAAAGAGAGAGCAGCAAGUGCUAAACCACAGUUCUGUUUAAUUCGUUGGUCAGACAAGAGCGGCUUUGAUAUUGUACUUGAACGACAAGUUCAAGAACCUUCCAACACAAUUGAACAUUAUAAAGCAUACCAAAUUGAUUUUAACGGAAAACAACGUAAAGGCGUUGUUCUCCUGAGAGGAUCAAAAGAAGACUGCGAAUCAUUACUAUACAAUGUAUCAGCACCAGAAUCUGAAAGCUCAGCAGAGACAGAAAAACCAUUGAAAUCUCAAUCUAAGCCAUCGCGAGAAAGGGGUGGUGCAAAUGCUUCAGAAAUUCUUGCCGAUGUCCAACAAUCUGAAGAAAAAGGUAGCAAGCAGGAUAUGCGUGAAGUUCAAAAUCGAGCACUAAUGCAAAUCUUACAAUUGGUAUUGGCUAAUGCUGUCGGUAGUACUAGCGGUAAUGAAGAGGUACAUAGGGUACGAUGUGAUGCCUGCGGUACGAAACCAAUUCAAAGUGAUCGCUACAAAUGUUUAAAUUGUGAGGAUAUCGAUUUAUGCGGUCCUUGCUUCGAACGUCGUAGAGAGUCAGAGGAGCAUAAAAGUGGCCACGCUUUCGCUCAUUUCAAAUCACCGGGUGAACUUUUUGGGCAAACAGUCAAAAACGAGGAUGUCACAUUGUUGAAACUAAAAAAAGCCUAUGGCAACGAUGUUCACGAAUCGAUUUCUUGUGAUGGAUGCAGAGCCGAAUCUAUUAAAGGCUUACGAUUUAAAUGUGAUUCGUGUCCGAACUAUGACCUUUGUGAACGAUGUGCUGAGAACGGUGUCACGACAAAGAACCAUGACACUUCCCACUCGCUCAUCCUCAUACCACGUCGAGCGAUACAGCAGAUUCCGGUCGAAGAUAUCGAACUUGGAAAAGAACUUGGCAGUGGCGCAUUUGGUGCUGUGUACAAAGGCCGUUGGAUAUCAAAGAAUCGCCCCGUUGCAUGUAAAGUUCUAACAAUUCCUCGAACGAAUGAUGCUGAACGAUUGGAAAAAAGUUUUUUGAAAGAAAUUGCUGCGUACUCGGAACUUUCCGGUGCUUACAUUCUCAAAACGUAUGGCUUUGCUGCUUCUCGACAAGGUCCGAACAAGAAAUACAUGAUCGUCAUGGAAUACAUGUCUCGAGGUAGUCUUGCAUCCGUCAUUAAAGAAAAACCUGACCAAUUAUCCUUACGACGCAAACUUGAGAUGGCGAGAAAUAUCGCGAGCGGUAUGCGGAAAAUUCACGAGCAUCAUAUGAUUCAUCGAGAUAUUCGACCAGAUAACAUUCUCGUUAAUGAAAACUACCUAGCUAAAAUCGGUGAUAUGGGCAUAGCAAGACAGGUUGAUCCUUUUAAUCAACAUACUCAAAUAGGAUGUCAACCAUAUAUGCCACCGGAGUUUUAUCAGGGUAAAUACGAUCAGAAACUUGAUAUUUUUACCUUUGGUUUGACGAUAAAUGAACUUUUUACGGGCACGAAGCAUUCGUUUCAACCAUUUGUUAAUGAUAAAAUCGCCUUUGCGGAAAAAAGCCCAGUCUUUGACGAUCUUAUCAGUCGAUGUACACUCGAUGAUCCUAAACGACGCCCCUCAGCCAUAGAAAUCGAAAAAACUUUGGACAUAUAUAGUGCCGGUUUCAAUGAAAUGGUCCUGAAGAAACAUUCUAAUUAUGUUCAUUUAUCUACGAAGGAUAAAGACGAAAUAUUCAUUGCAUUUUACCAUAAAUUUCAUGAACCAGCAACAGAAUUCAUUCGUAAGAAAUUUCCACGUGAAUUUCUCGAAGACUCAUCGGAAGACGCCGGUGUUCGAGUCGAUAAAUAUGCCGGUGAUGGAAUACGUAUUGAAUGUCCCAUGCAAUGA